AUUCAUUUUCUUCUCCGCCCCUUUCCCGCUCUUGGCGUGUUCUUUAGAAUUCACUCCCAGAAAUCGAUCUGAAAUUUCAUUGUCGAAAUUUGGGGUUUUGAUUGGGGUUUCCAGGUUGCUUACAUGGCCAAUUAUUAUGACAUUGAUGAUAUAUUAGCUGAAGAAGAGCUUGUUCCAUCAGUAUUUCAACAUGCUGCAAAUGGUGUUGGGCUUUUCGAUUCAAGUGAUGAUACAAAUAAGGUGGACGCUGGAUCCAGAGUAGAGCUCCCCUUCUGGUUGGUCCGUGAAUUGUAUUUGAGACAACUUAUAUCUAUAAGGGUUCCUCCAUGCUUUGACAGAGAAUCCAAAACACGGGAAGAAAUAGCAGCUGAUGCUGCACAUGUUGAUCUAAGAAGUAGAUCCCCAUACUUUUAUGAAAUGGGGUGUAAAAUUGCACCACUUGUUGGCGACAAGACCAUUGGACCGUUCCUUCUAAUAGCUUUCCGGACAAGAUACAAGGAAGUCUUGAUCAAAGCCCAUACUCUCACUUCUGCAGCAACUUCCAAGCACUUGGCACUCCUCACAAACGAAGAGGCUAGACUGUAUGAAGCCGGCCAAUCUUCCAUAGCCGCAUUCAAAAAGUGGCGAACAGGCGGCCCGCGACUCCAGGUUGCUCCUGCUCUUGGUAGGAAGAGGAAAGCAACUUAAAUGAAGGUUGAGGAACAAAGGCAUGAUAUGUCCUGGUUAGUUUUGCUAAACCCACACCAUAGAUUUUCUGUUUGUGUAGCCUCUGGAGUUAUUCGUCUGUUCUGUUUUAGGGUUCUUCUGCUUAUAUUCAACUCCAUGGUUGUUUAGUGGUGUGUAUCUCUUGGUUGAUAAUUAGACAUGGUAUUGUUUGAAAAGGAUUCAAUUAUAUGUUUCAUUAAAUUAUAUGCACACAACUCUCAUCGGAAAGUUACGAUUAUUUCUUUGAUCGUGAGCGUGACCAUUUUUUUUCUUUCCAUUGGUUUGUAUUCAAAGGAUAAAACAAUCCUGAUUUUACAGGGUGUGAAUUUAU